AUGAAAAUGUGCCAACAGAGCUACUCAGAGACAAUGCGUUGUAAGCUUAUGCUUUACCUCAAAGCCGAUGAUCCAGUGAGUGAAAUGGCCGCAGAAAUGAACAGUAUAUCUCCAAGAAACACAUUUGCACGUAAGCUGCGCUAAAAAACGUCAUCUGAGGUGUAGUGUAGUUUCAUGUCCUCGAAACAGCUGUUUUCCCACGGCAGCGUGGCCCUUUCGCAAGCCACGCUCGGAGCUACGGUUAGGGUUCUUCGAAGCGAACACGUGCCAACUGACAUAUUCAUCCGCUUACGACGGUGUCAGCGAAAGAUGUCAGAAGAAACAUCUUCAAGGAGUCCAAGAGGCCUUUGCUUGCUUGAGUACAAGUUUCCCAACAGUGCUAGCCUGCGAAGACGAAGCACGCUUCGACAACUCAUCUGUCAACUGA